GGUUAAGUACAUCAUUGCUUGUGUACAAAUUAGAUUAUGGCCGAACAUCGUGGAAGCCAUAGAGAAGCAAAGUAAAUCCAUUUUCUUACCGGAGCAGAGAGAGAAUGGUGGACGUGGCGGACCCCGGCGUGGUGAAGACCGGCGCGUACAAGUACGAGGAUGGCACGCGCUACGUGGGCGAGUGGAGCUGCCGCGGACAGAAGCACGGCAUGGGGCAUCUCACCCUGCCCGACGGAACGAGGUACGACGGGGCGCUCAUGAACGGGCUCUGCUCGGGGCUGGGGGUCAUGGCCUUCCCCGAUGGAGCUAAGUACGAGGGUGAGUUCAUGCAGGGCUGGUUCCACGGGCACGGCGUGUUCUGGCGCGCGGACGGCAUGAAGUUCGAGGGCGAGUUCCGCGGCGGCCGCGUGUGGGGGCUCGGCCUGGUGACAUUCAGCGACGGCAGCAACGGGUUCCCGCGCAACGAGGGCUUCUUCCAGGACUGCCGGCUGCUGCGGCGCCAGCGCUGCCCCGGCGUGGUGGCGCGCGCGCAGCAGGUCGCCUACGUGGCGCGCGCGCAGUGCCAGCAGAUGUGAAGGGAUGAGGAGACGAAUA